GCGAAUAUGUAAUCCAAAAUGGUGGGGAAGAAUUCGACAUUCGAACCGUCAAACCAAAUCAAACUACACACCACACAACUCUUAGUAGUGCUACCGGACAGUUGUGGUCGUUUACGAGUCACGCUUUCUUAUUAUUGUAACUAAAACUCGCGCGAAAACAUGAAUGAAGUGGACAAGCCAUCGGUUAACAAUUUUCCGACCGGGCGCACGAAGAUAGAACCGGCGGUCAAUCACCAUGACCGGAAAAGUUUAGUGAUCAGGAAGGAAUCCCAAGUGUCGUUAUCCAGUGUUUCGGAUUAUCUUUCAGAUGAAAGCGAGGACUAUGGAGUACAGAUCGAAAGGAAAACAUCACUUCAGGAGUUAGUUAAGAAAGUUGAUGAUAAGAGAACGUUAUACAAACAACGGGGACGUUCUAUGUCAGAUGGAGAGACGCGAAGGAUAAAAAAUGAUGACUCAACUUUUGAAGUAUUCCCUAGUCUACCAAAUUCUGUGUUAGAGAAAUUAGGACUUCGUGGAGAUGGACCACGGGAGCAUAUGAACGAAGAAGAACUAGAACAAAAGUUUACCAGCCUUGCCUUAGCAUUCACGAUAGACGCUACUACAAUUAAGGAUAGAUGCGAGAGGCAACGACGUUCUAGAGACCAAACUGAAAACAAUCUUAAUAAGGAAAUCGACAAGCUUAGAGAAAAACUUACUUUCAUGCAACCACUGUGCAAAGAUUAUGAAACCGCCGAAAUAUUUUCCACAAUUAUGACUCAGUUAGAUAUAAUAAUGAAUGCCGCCUCAUUAGCUUCAAUGUCAGCAGAAAGAUUUGGAUCAGUUCAACACGAGGAACGUUUAACAGAAUCAGUAGGUCUUAUGGUCAGCCAUGUACAAAUGUUGAAACAACAGAGAGACGCUACGAGAAGACAGUUGCAAUAUACCAAAAGAGUUCUGCAAAAUUCAGCAGACUCUCCUACUAGAGGAAUCAAUUCCCUCCCAGCAAAUAACCAUCAACUGGCAUCACCAACAUCUCCAGGUUUAAAAAUAAUUAGUAAAAGGCGUGCCAGUAUUGCAACGUUUGCCCAACCACCCAACGAAAAUAAUCCAAAUAGGACCAUAAUUGAAACUAAGAAAAUUACUAGAAGAACUUCAGAUUUAAAUUUAAGAACUGGAGUUCUUUGUAGAAGACCAACUAGAUUAGAAUUGGGUGGAGAGCUAGUCAAAAUUAAAGAAGGAUAUGCGGAAACAUCAAAUGAAAGCGAGAAAACGUCAGAUGUAGAAAGUGAAGAAACCAAUUUUUCAACGCCAAAUGUAUCUAGUCCCGAGGAAGAACCUGCAAAGGAUAUUGACGUUUCUAAACUUCCAUUAAGGGAACAAAUAAUAUAUAGAUUUAAGUCAAUAAGCGCAUCAAUAGAAGACAAGUACAAUAUAUGGACACAGAAUGGGAAAAUGCACGAAAUAUACACAUUCUGCGCUGUAAUCUGCUUUUCCCUAAGCCUAAUCCUAUUACUAAACAUUCUUACCGAAUACGAAUAUGCGAAAAGAGGAAUAUUUCCAUGGACGUGGACAGAUGAGACCCAGAAAAAAUUCAAUAAUAUUAAGAACUGAUAUUAUAAGUGUUUUACUAUUGACUCGAAAAGAAUUUUGUUGUUUUAUGUUGUUUGAAAAUAAACGUUUUGUACUGUC